AAAAAUUAUAAAUCUUUAGGUACAUGUUCCGUGUCCCGUGUGUAGUGUUUUCGAUUUAUGUAAGUUCGUUUAUACAUUAAUGUAACCAACAUGCCCAAGAAGAAGAAGAAUGCAUAUUCCGGAAAACUCCGUAAUCACAGGCAAAGUAAGCAAGAAACUUCACAUCCAUCUAUCUAUGCCCCUGCUUGCCAAGAAGAAAAUUCUGACGAAGAAGAUGUUGCAACAAAAGUUGCUUUAAAAUUUCCCCUGGCAAUGUGGGAUUUACAGCAGUGCGAUAGAAAGAAAUGCACUGGCCGAAAAAUGGUCAGAAAAGGUUUGGUGAAGUCAUUAAAACUUCAACAGCGUUUUUCCGGGAUUAUUUUAAGUCCAAUGGCCACGCAGUAUGUGUGUGCAAGUGAUGCAGAAACUGUUGCAAUGCAUGGUAUUUCAGUUAUAGAUUGUUCGUGGGCUAAAUUAAGUGAAACACCAUUUUCAAGAAUGCGUGGAGGUUCAUUAAGGUUACUACCAUAUCUGGUUGCUGCCAAUCCAAUAAACUAUGGAAGGCCAUGUAAACUCUCGUGUGUUGAAGCGUUUGCUGCCACAAUGUAUAUAACUGGCUUCACAGAAACUGCAGAACGAAUUUUGAAACUGUUUAAAUGGGGCCACGGUUUUAUAAGUUUAAACAAAAGCCUUUUGGAUUUAUACGCAACUUGUAACACGUCAUCUGAUGUAAUAAAAGCGGAAGAAAACUGGUUAGAGGAGGAAAAGUGUUCAAAACUGGAAAGCGACUUUGAUAUGAUGAAUAUUGAUAUGAGUUUGGAAUGCGGAAAUCCUAACAGACAAAUGGUAGAUCCUUGCGAUUUAAGUGAGGAGUCAACUGAAGAUUCUGAAUCUGACGCAACAGAUUAACUCUUUAUUUUAAUAGUUUAUUUAAAUUUGUGCUUCGAUUUGUUGGCACUAUGCUGUGUUGAAUUUUUUAUCCGUUGAUAACCUGGUGCUUGGUUAAAUUAAAUAGGAACGUUGAAAGGGGCAAUAAUAUAAGUUAGAUUGGUCUAUUUUAUCUGAACCAAUAACUACAUAUGUUUCAUUACA